CUUUGCUGGAGCGCGCGUAUGGUCUUGUUGAUCAUCAAACCCUUCUGUCUCUCUCUGGUUAUUUCCUCUUAUUCCUUCGUACAGAGUGGAUUCAGUGGAAACUGGAGAGUGAUCUGGAUUCUGGAGAGAAGAACCUCGAAAGCGUCUACCCACUUUUAUCUAUUUUUGUUAAUUUGUUUUCCCCACCUCUUAUCAAAUUCCCAUUUUUUUUCCUGUCGCUCCUGUUCCUGAAUCCAGAUUCCCUGAAAUAAUAAAGAAAAAGCAAGAAAGGGGAAUUUGGAACAGGAAAUUUCUCCGUCUUUUUUCUUUUCUUGUUCGCCAUGUCUAUGCGAAGGCGGACCUUGCUCAAGGUUAUUGUUCUAGGAGACAGUGGGGUGGGAAAGACGUCUUUAAUGAAUCAAUAUGUAAAUAAGAAGUUCAGUCAGCAGUAUAAAGCUACAAUUGGUGCUGAUUUUGUCACAAAGGAGCUUCAGAUUGAUGACAGGCUUGUCACCCAGCAAAUUUGGGACACGGCAGGGCAGGAAAGAUUUCAAAGUCUCGGUGUUGCUUUUUACAGAGGUGCAGAUUGCUGUGUUCUAGUUUAUGACGUCAAUGUUCUCAAAUCGUUUGAUACUCUUGACAAUUGGCAUGAGGAGUUUCUCAAACAGGCUAGUCCAGCUGAUCCCAAAACAUUUCCAUUUAUAUUACUCGGGAACAAGAUUGACAUAGACGGUGGGAAUAGUCGAGUGGUUUCAGAGAAAAAAGCAAGAGACUGGUGUGCUUCCAAAGGAAACAUACCAUACUUUGAGACCUCAGCGAAGGAGGAUAUCAAUGUUGAUGCUGCAUUCCUUUGUGUUGCAAAAACAGCAUUAGCAAAAGAGCGUGAGCAAGACAUAUACUUCCAGACCAUACCUGAGGCAGUUUCAGAAACUGAGCAAAGCGGAGGAGGAUGUGCAUGCUGAAAAAGGACCGACUAAUUUUCAACCCUCUAGUGUGUGUGAUUCAUCAUUUUCUUGCCCCACCCCCCCCCC